GUUGCUGCUGAGAACAGUGCUGGUGUUGGAGUAUUUAGUGAUCCUUUUCUUUUUCAGACUGCAGAAAGUGCUCCAGGUAAAGUAGUGAAUCUCACAGUUGAAGCCUUAAAUUACUCAGCUGUAAAUCUGAUCUGGUUUCUACCUCGGCAACCAAAUGGAAAAAUAACUAGUUUCAAGAUAAGUGUGAAACAUGCAAGAAGUGGAAUUGUAGUGAAAGAUGUCUUGGUUAAAGUAGAGGACCUUCUGUCUGGGAGGUUACCAGAAUGUAAUGAUAACAGUGAAUCAUUUUUGUGGAGUACUACCACUCCCUCAACUACUUUUGGCAAAUCCACAAUUCCUUCACGGACUACAGUUACACCAAGUACAGAGGCAUCGAGUCAAAUGAGCUCUGUUUGGAAUGAACCAAUUAGUUUUGUUAUAACUAACCUCAGGCCAUAUACCACCUAUCUUUUUGAAGUUUCUGCAGUUACCACUGAAGCAGGUUACAUUGACAGUGCAAUUGUCCGGACGCCAGAAUCAGUUCCAGAAGAUCCACCACAAAAUUUUGCCAAGAGCAAUAUUACAGCAAAGUCUUUCUCUGUGAUGUGGGACCCACCAACCAUAGUAACAGGAAAGUUUAGUUACAGAGUUGAGCUUUAUGGACCAUCUGGUCAUGUUCUGGAUAACAGCACAAAAGAUCUUAAGUUUGUAUUUAGUAACCUGGUGCCGUUUACAACAUAUGACGUGUACGUCAGUGCCGAGACAAGUGCUGGGGUGGGGCCAAAGACUAACCUUACAGUUUUCACUCCUGCAGAUGUCCCAGGUGCUGUAUCAGAUUUACGUCUAGCAGAAGUGGAAGCCACAUAUAUAAAAAUUGUUUGGAGCAAGCCACGACAACCAAAUGGAAUAAUUUUACAGUAUAGAGUUAAAGUACAUGUACAGGAAACAGAGGUGACUCUGGAAAACACUAUUCUCAAAGGCAAAAAUAAGUAUUUGAUUGAUUCUUUGGAACCAUACAUGAUAAAUGAAAACAUCAAACCUUCUCACCCUUGGAAUUCAAUGGAAACAGCCAAUGAAUUAUAUGAAGGUUCGGCUGAAAUGUUUCCCAGCAUUCAGACAGCUUCCCCAGUAAUAUUUACAAGUGUAUCUGGUGAUAAUUUGCCUGCUAUAAAUGGAGCUGCAGAAUUACAUUCUGCUUUGGAUAAUCAGUAUACCAUUAACAUUUUGGCUGAAGAACUGUCAUAUGUUAUAAAGGGCCUCAUACCUUUCACCGACUACACAAUCAGCGUGUCUGCUUUCACUGCUGUUGGAGAAGGACCACCAUCAGUUCUUACAGUCAGGACACGUGAACAAGUUCCAAGCUCUGUACAAAAUAUAGCUUACACGAAUAUUAGCUCUUCCUCUGUUUUGCUGUAUUGGGAUCCUCCAGCAAAUCCCAAUGGGAAAAUCAUUCAUUAUACUGUUUAUGCAAUGGAACUGGAUACAAAAAGAACAUUCCACAUGACAACUGCAAACAACAGCUUACUUAUGACAGGUUUAAAAAAGUACACAAAUUAUAAAAUGAGAGUUGCAGCCUCUACGGCUAUUGGAGAAAGUGCUUUGUCUGAAGAGAAUGAUGUUUUCGUGAGAACCCCUGAAGAUGAACCAGACUCCCCACCCCAAAAUGUAGAGUUAAUAAAUGUAACUGCAACAGAAAUAAAUCUGAGAUGGUUACCACCUGAACAGCCUAAUGGUCUCAUAACUCACUAUGAAGUUCUGUACAGUGAUUCCAAUGAUUUAUUUAUUAAAAAUGCCUCAUCUACAAGUAUAUCACUAAGUGAAAUGAAGCCAUAUACUCUCUACCACAUCUCCAUAAGGGCAUUCACCAGACUUGGCCAUGGGAAUCAGUCAUCUUUCCCACUUCUAGUGAGAACUUCUGAAACUGUUCCUGAUUCUGCGCCAGAAAACAUAACUUAUAGGAACAUCUCAUCCAUGGAAAUUGAAUUAUCAUUUUUUCCACCAUCCAUUCCCAAUGGAAUCAUACAGACCUACACAAUAUAUCUCAAGAGGACUAAUGGAACCGAGCAGAGAGUCAUAAACACUACUCUUUUGACACUACGUAUUACAGAUUUAAAGAAAUAUACAAGAUAUACUGUAGAAGUGUCUGCUAGUACCACAAUGGGGGAGGGCCUUCGUAGUGCCCCUCUGCCUAUACUGACUGAUGAAGAUGCUCCGAGUUCUCCUCCAGAAUCUCUCUCUGUAAAACAGUUGUCGGGUGUCACUGUGAAGUUGUCAUGGAAACCUCCGCUGGAGCCAAAUGGAAUUAUCCUCUAUUACACAGUUUACGUCUGGAAUAAAAUGUCAAAAAGGAUUGUUAAUGUAACAGAAACGUCAUUGCAGUUCACAGACCUGGAAAAUAACUAUGAGUAUAGUGCUUACCUAACAGCAAGUACAAGAUUUGGGGAUGGCAACAUAAAAAGUGAUACUAUAACAUUCAGAACUUCUGAAGGAGCACCAAGUGAUCCACCGAAAGAUGUUGUGUACAGAAACCUUACUUCCACAUCAAUAAUGCUAUUCUGGUCUUCUCCUCAAAAGCCUAAUGGAAAUAUACUGUACUACUCAGUUUAUUUCAAAAAUAAUUCAGGAAUAUUCAUACAGAAUUUCACAAGUUAUGGUAACGACAGCGAUGUCAGUAUGCCUCAGUCUGCAGUUCUGGAUGACUUGGCAAAAUACAGCCAUUAUACUCUAUGGAUAACUGCAAGCACAGCUUUUGGAGAUGGAAACAAAACCAGUGAAAUAAUAGACGUGUAUACAGAUCAGGAUAUCCCAGAUGGUUCUGUUGAAAAUCUGGUCUAUCAAAACAUUUCCUCAUCUUCUGUAAAUGUAAGCUGGCUUCCACCAUCCCAACCAAACGGCUUAGUCUUCUUUCAUGUUUCUCUAAGUUUGUUGCAACUGGGAACCAAUAAGAUACUGUCUUUCCUUACUUACAACACAAGCAUAGUUUUUGACAAUCUGGAGAAAUAUACUGAUUACAUUCUGCAAAUCACACCCGCCACUGAUAAAGGAUCUUCUGAACUGCAUGCUCUGAGUCUGCAUAUAAGAACUGAUGAAGAUGUCCCAGAAUCAGCACCUAUAAUCAAAACAUUUUCAAAUCUCUCAACUACCUCAGUUAUGCUUUCAUGGGACCCUCCUGUUAAGCCAAGUGGUAUUAUAAUAAGUUAUGAUUUAAACUUAUUUGGGCCAGAAAGAAAUAACUCACUCUCUACUACCAAUAAUUUUAUCAUCUUGGAAGACCUUCUGCCAUUCACAUUAUACAGUAUUUAUGUAGCUGCAAGAACAAUAAAAGGACCUGGUCCAUCUGCCGUGCUUCAGUUCUACACAGAUGAGUCAGUGCCAUUAGCUCCACCCCAGAAUUUGACCAUUACCAACUACACGGCAGAUUCUGUGUGGCUAAAAUGGGAUCCAAGUCCCCAGCCAAAUGGUGUUAUUAUGAGAUAUAAUUUUAAGAUUUAUCAAAACAACACUGAAAAACUUUUUUAUCAGAACAUUUCAGGUUCAAACCAUGAGGCAAACCUGGUUGGAUUAGAACCAUUCAGCCCCUAUUUUAUCAGUGUGUCUGCAUUUACCAAGCUUGGGAAUGGCAAUCAGUUCAGUAAUGCUGUCCAGUUUACAACGAAGGAAUCAGUACCAGAUGCUGUCCAGAAUGUUCAUUGUAUUGCAAUGAGUUGGCAAUCAAUCCUAGUGCAGUGGGACCCUCCUGCUUCAUCCAACGGUGUAAUUACUCAUUACAUCAUAACAGUUGAAGGAAAUUCUACAAAUUUUUCAUCUUAUGAUACACUGCAUACUUUUAGAAAUCUGCUUUCCAAUAUUACUUAUCAAUUUAAAAUAAAAGCUGCAACAUCUGCUGGUGAUGGUGAAGAACAGAUAUGCAAUGCCAGUACACUUCCAGAAAAAGUUCCUAGUGCUCCCAGGAAUAUUGUUUUUUCCAAUGUGCAAUCAACAAGUGUGACCUUGAAUUGGAGAUCACCGAAAUCUAUCCUUGGCUACUUUCAAAACUACAAAAUUACCACACAGCUACAGUCCAUCCAUUGCAGUGACUGGGAAACUAAGGAAUGUAUUGAAUAUGAGAUGCAUCAAUAUUUAUAUGAAAAUGUAGUGGAUGACCGGAUCGAAGAGACAGUGUAUGGACUGAAAAAAUACAGGUGGUACAGAUUUGCAGUUGCUGCCAGUACGAAUGUUGGUUAUGGCAGUUCUUCACCUUGGAUUUCUACGCAAACACUUCCUGGCUCUCCAGACGGUCCUCCAGAAAACGUGACUGUUUUAGCUACAUCUCCUCACAGUAUUAAUGUCAGCUGGAGUGAACCUGUCAUCCUUACUGGACCAACAUGCUACCUCAUAGACAUUACCUCA